AUGGUAUUUUAAAAUUGUAUUGUGUGUGGAAGGCAAUCAGAAGAAUUAGUGAAAUUACUCCCUCAUUUCAAAUCUUCUAGAGAAUACGAGUAUAUCCAUAAAAAGUGUCUAUUAUUUUACAGAUCUGAUUGGAAUAAUCGUUUGGCAAUAAAUGAAAAAUUAUUUUACAAGGAAUACUUGAAACAUUGUUCAAUUUGUGGGAAAAAAAACUAAAAAUAAGUUGUUCAUUGUUCAUAUAGGUAUAAUUAGAAUGUGUAAUUCGUAAAAGUUAAUGUAAAAAGAGCUUUCAUUUUGAUUGUGUAGACAACCCUAUAAUAUCUAAGACUGAAGAGAAUGGUCAUCGCCCUCCUAAGUUGUUGAUAUUUUGUACAUACCAUAAUUCAAACAAAAAUGUUGUUUCUGAUUUAAAUGAAGCAGUGAAUUGCAUAUAUAACUCUCAUAUAGUUUAGAAAGAAGAAUAAGAAAAAGAACCGUAUUCAGAUCAUAGAGUUAAGCACAAAAAAAAGCAUAAAAAAAAACAUUCUCACACAAAAUCUCAUUCUUAUAAAAAAAGAUCAAGACAUUCUAGUAAAAACUUGAAAUUUAGUGAUGGUGAAGAAUCAUAAUCAAAAUAAUAGAUUCCUUUAGUUAUUUAGUAGAAUCCACAUGUAGAUCUUUAUGUUAUUGAACCUAUUAUUAUACCAAUAGAUUAUUAGUUUUAAGAAAAAGAUAUUAAAAAGUAGUUAGAAACAAAGCCUUAAUAAUAAUAGCCGCCAUAAAAAAUAUUUGUUCAAUAAUAAAUUUUUCCUUUGAUUACUAAAAUGAGUUAAGAAGAUCCAGAAUUUCCAAAGUAAGAAAGAGAAACGAAGAGAGAUUAAUCAAUUGCAAAAUGGUGGGACAAAAUAGAUGAUAUUUACUUUUAAGGAGAAGAGAAAAUGGCUUUAACAAUUUUAGAAGAAAUUGAUAAUUUAUUUUAAUGGUAUGAUUAAGUUUUAGAUUAAGAUCUUUUAGAUAGUUCAGAUGUUAGUAAUUUUGGUAAAUCUUUGCAUUAUAGAUAGAAUCAAUAAUAUAGUUAAGAUAUCUUUAUAGAGACACCAUGAAUGUUGUUUUUCGGACUUCAUAAUCUUCCUAUUAGUACACUAAUUGUAAAACAAUGUUUUAGAUUUAUACGAUAUAAUUUUUCUGAUUAUUUUGGUCGAACGAAAACCAAAGGACAGAUCCUAACAAAUUUAAGACUCUAUAGAUACCCAUAAGAAAAUUUACCUUUUCUAAAAACACUGUAAAUAGCUGAAAAUGAAGUAAAAAUUUAUAUUUGCUAAAAAGGAGCCAGUAGGAAAAAGUCUUGUUUUUCAAGAAUCCUGUGAACUAACUUAAGAGGAUUUUGAUUAAUGUAUUUAACUAGAAGAAAAAAUCAAACUUUAAUAUUAGCUUUUGGAGUUAUAACUUGAUAUAGAAAAUGGAACUGUAGAAUAAUUAGAUAUAGUAUAUCAUGUAUUGAAAGAGGAUUUAAAUUAAAUUGUUUAAUAAAAUAAUUUAAUGAGAGAUAAUAUAAAUAAAUAAAUUAUUGCAAGCAAAGAUUAUUAAACUUUAAAAAAAUUGAAAAAAGAAUAAGUAAUAACUAUGGAUUUACUAAAAUGGUCAUAAAUAGUUAAAGCUUUUAUUAAUGGUUAUAAAGAUAAAUAAAAAGAUGUUUUAAAUACAUUUUAUCCUUGUUUAAAUUUAGAUUCUUAAUCAUCAUAAAAAGCUUAAUUAAAAAAGAAAAAAAUUCAUUCUAAAGAAAAUACUAAACCACUUGAUACUGAUUGUAAAAUUUGUUUUGAUUAUCAUUACACUGACUUUAAUCCAGUUAUUUAUUGUGGAAGAUGUUCAACAUCAUUUCAUAAAAUAUGUUAUUGUUUUAUAGGAAAUCUAGAUGAAACAGAUGUUCUUUGUGAUGCAUGUUAAUUUGAACAAAAUAAAUUAGGCACUACAAAAAGAAGUAAAUUAUUGUUAUUAUUCAGAUUAAGCAAAAUGUAGGAUUUGUAAAAAGUUAGGACUUCCUUAAAAAUAUAUUGAUAAUUAAUUUUAUCAUGUUUCAUGCUUGCUACUAACAAAUUUAGUUAUUUUAAAAAAAGGUGUUUAUAAAGUUAGAAGUAGUUAAAAUGAUAUUUAAUAAUUCUGUAAAGAUAAUGAAUCAAGUACCCCAUAAUGUGCUAUAUGUGGUGAUGUUAAGGGUAUUAUUCAUUACAGAAAUAUAGGAUUUCGAUUUACUUGUUUCGGAAAUGAGACAAUUCCCUGUAAGCAUGCAUUUCAUCCUUUAUGUGCAUAUCUUCAUGGACUGACAAUAGAUAUAGAAAGUGAAGAUAUAGAAUAAUGUUUUGCAGAAAAAAGAUUUGGAUAGUUGAAUGUCAAUAUUAAAUGUGUAUUACAUUGUGGAAAAGAUUUACAAGAUUUAUUACUACAAACAUAUUACAGGUAUCAUUAAUUAAACUAUGUUAAGACGAUUUGCAUUAAAUUAUGAACAAGCUGCCAAAUGUGGAGGCUAAGAUAUUUUUUUAGAAGAGUUUAAAAAAACUAAGGGAUUCAAAUAUUUAUUUUCCAAACAACCAAUAUCAAAGAAUGACUCUUUUUUAUCAUAAUUAUUUAAUAUAAAUGGAAACCCAACAAUAAUGACGUGA